GCAAGAAUGCUUCGUGGUCUUUCCUUCUUUCUGGUAUUGCUAUCGUUUGUGAGUUCAGCCAAGGCUAAUGGAAGAGAGGAAAAAUGUCAAGUAACUCAACAGAUAACUGCAAGAAUCGGUUGUGUCAUCGAUCUCAGCUCUCGCGUGGGUAAAGAACAAAAAAUAGCCAUGGAAAUGGCUGUCCAAGAUCUUUUUAAGUCGACCUGCGCUAAAGUGGACUUGCACCUGAAAGAUUCUCAAGGGAACUCAGCUCGAGCAACAGCUGCAGCAAUCAAUCUCCUCAGCAGCAAACAGGUUGUGGCCAUUGUCGGAGGACUGACCGUGCAGGAAGCAGCUCUUAUCUCUGAGAUUGAUAAUAUCACCGAGAGUAUUGUUCCCAUCAUAUCCCUUACUUCCACUGCAACGAUCCCGCGAUCAGCGUCACUUCAAAGGCCAAUUUUCAUCCAAAUAGCUAACGAUAUCGUCUUUCACAUGCAAUGCGUUGCAGCCUUAGUUGGUCAUUUCCAAUGGCGAAAGGUGACUGCAGUUUACGAGCGCAACAAUGAAUUUUCUUCCACUUCAGGGAUCAUAGCUCUCCUCUCUCAUUCACUUAGCUUGGUCAACUCAGAGAUUGAACACCACCGAGAUUUCCCAUCCUUGUCUUCUCUCUCUAACCCGGAUGCCUUCGUUGAAGAAGAGCUAAAGAAGUUGAGAAGCAAGAACAAUAGGGUCUUCAUAGUCAUGCAAUUCUCUUUGCAGUCAGCUGUCGUUUUCUUCGAAAAAGUGAAGCAGAUGGGCAUGAUGGACAAAGGCUAUGCGUGGAUUGUCACAGAUGAGAUUGCAAGCCUUCUCGAUUCUGUUAACACUUCUGUCAAGUAUAAUAUGCAAGGUGUUAUUGGUAUUAAAACCAAUUUUUUCGAGACAACUGCGUCAUUCAGACAGUUCAAAACCAGAUUUCGCAGGAUAUACGGACUACAGUACCCUGACGAAGAAGAAACUUCUAGUCCUAGUAUCUUCGCUCUCCGAGCUUAUGAUGCAACUGGGGCCAUUACUCGAGCAGUGACAACAUUGCAACAGGGAAAUGCUACCUCAGAAGAAUUGUCUCAAAAAAUUUUGUCUACUGCUUCCCUAGGUCUCAGUGGCAUGCUAGAAUUCAAGAACGGUAUGCUAGCACAACCACCGACGUUUCAAAUCAUUAACGUGGUUGGGAGAAGCUACAGAGAGAUGGCAUUUUGGUCGCCAAGAUACGGUUUCUCAAAGAGCUUGAUGGAAAAGGGGAUGGAUAAUAGUUUUUCUGAAGUUUUGGGUUCAACCUAUUGGCCUGGUGGCUUACAAACAACCCCAAAUUGGUGGACUCCGGUCAAUGUGGAUCGACCCUUAAAGAUAGGGGUUCCUGCCAGGGGUGCAUUCAAGCAGUUUGUGGACGUAAAACAUGAUCCUGGCACGAAUGAAACACGCAUCUCGGGAUUUUCAAUCGAUGUGUUUAAAGCAGCUGUCGAAUAUCUUCCUUAUCAGUUGCCUUACGAGCUAGUUCCCUUCAAUGGCUCGUAUGAUGAAAUGGUGAAACUGGUCUACAAUAAGAGCCUUGAUGCAGCUGUUGGUGAUUUCGAAGUCAUAUCUGAUCGGUAUCAUUAUGUUGAAUUCACACAGCCAUACAUAAGCUCGGGGCUUGAGAUGGUUGUUCCAGUGAAGCCAGAUAAGCUGAAGGAAAAAUGGAUGUUCAUGCGUGCCUUCACCACGGAAAUGUGGUUCAUGUUGUUUGUUACACACCUUGCUUUAUGCUUCGUUGUCUGGUUAAUUGAAAAUGAACAUGGAGACAACCCCGAAAUAAAGGGAAUUGGGGCAAUGCUUUGGUUCUCUGUCACCAUCCUCUUCUUUGCAAACAGAGAACAAGUUCAUAACAAUUGGGCUCGGUUGGUUCUGGCUCCAUGGUUAGUUGUGAUUCUAGCUGUAACGGCCACUUUCACUGCAAGCCUCACCUCCAUGAUGACUCUCUCUCAAGUCCACCCGUCCAUGCUUGAUAUUGGCACACUUCAUAAACUGAAUGCAACCGUUGGUUGUAAUGGCAACUCAUUUAUUGUUAGAUAUUUGACCGAUGUUUUAGAUUUUAGACCCGAAAACAUCAAAAGUAUUGCCUCCAUAGGUGACUACCCAAAUGCCUUUGAGAAGCAAGAUAUUGCUGCGGCUUUCUUUGUUGUGCCUCAUGCUAAAGUCUUCCUCGCAAAAUACUGCAAGGGCUACGUGACAACAGGGCCUGUUUACAAGCCUAGCGGUUUUGGAUUUGUUUUUCCAAAGGGUUCUCCUCUGGCUAUUGACAUCUCGGAGGCAAUGCUAGAGGCAACUGAGAAUGGACAAAUCGAAAAAUUGGAAAAGCAAAUGCUGGCCGGGCUGUCCUCUCCCAACUGUACUUCUUCAAACAACUUGAAUGGUGGUCCAGUAGGAAUAGGUCCUGGUCCUUUCUCUGGCCUAUUUCAAAUUUCUGGUCUUGCUUGUUCAUUGGCAUAUUUGGUUAUAGUUGCACGUAUAGUGCGUAAGCAUCUGCGGGACUUGAGCUACACGCGACUACAAGCAAUGUUAACCGACACAAAAAUGUGGAGACACUUAGCCUAGAGCUAUCGGAAUUAUAAGCAUCAUUGUUCCAGAAACACAUACCUGAAUUUAGCUGAUUAAACAAAAUUGUAAGCUCAGUCAGUGGCACAAGACUUGUUGCCGGUGAAUGUGAAUUUACCUGUUUCUGCAUUCUUUCCUUUCAAUGAUUUUCAUAUCCGGCCAAAGUCAGUUCCGUUGUUUGGUUUCAGUUUAUUUCAGGCAGGAUUGUUUGUAAACCCUGCAACUGCUAGCUGCUAAAUAAGAGCACCGGGCGACCUUAAUGAACCCAGCCACUUGAAUUUUGAGGUCUGCCAGCCUCCUUCCGAAAGCGUGCUCGCGAAACUUGGUUACAUCCUCGGU